AUGCCCGCUCCAAGUUACCAUAAUGUUCAGGUGACAUUACUAAACAAGGUGUUACAAGAUACUAAUAAGUUUGUGGACUCAUUUCAGCCACAGUGGCAGAAAUAUGAAUGUAGCAUUAUGUAUGAUUUUUGGAUAGAUGGAAAAGGAAGGGCAUUGAUAAAAAAAUUACUGAACUGUCCAACUGGCACAGGAUUUCUUAAGUCAAUUGAUGCAUCAGAGCAUGUGAAGGAUGCUCAAUUAAUUGUGAAGAUGAUUAAUCAGGUGAUUGAAGAUGUUGGCGAGGAAAACAUUGUUCAGGUAACAUAA